AUGGAUGCCGAGGGUCGCAGUAUGCUUUUGUGUCCAGUGCUGGUGCUGAUUGGGCAGUCCAAAGGGCAGACUGUCCUGCCACUGCCACAGUCAGCUUUCCAGGAGGACAAAAGCAUGAAACUGAAGGACAAAGUUCACAUCCUUGAAAGCGCGGCAGUGACGUGGGCUCAGCAAAUUAAGAAUGUUCUAAAUGCAGACCCCGAAGCUGCCCUCAAGGAACCAGGCGCUUAUCCUGGGCCCCUCGUGGAGCUUGACUUCUGGACCGAAAGGGCCGAAAACUUGAACUCCCUCCACAGGCAACUCACGAGCGACAAAAUUCAAAAAGUCGUGAACUUUCUGGAAAAGGUGAAGUCCACGUACCACCCCGCCUUCAAGCGGCUGAUAGAUGAGCUGGAAUUGGCGCAGCAGGAGGCCGGUGACAACGUCAAGUUCCUGUCGCCCCUUCGUGCAAAUUUGGACAAGUUAAAUUUGAUGGACGACUUCCCGGGUCUGGCUGACUUGUUCAAGCCACUGAUGCACAUGAUCAUGCUCAUUUGGAAGCAUUCAAAAUAUUACAACAAGGCUGCCAGAGUGGUGACACUGAUGAGGGAGAUUUGCAACGACCUCAUCAUGCAGGCUCGGAAGUUCCUUCCAGGAGAGGAACUGAUUCAAAUGGAGCCAAACGAGGCCAUCGAAAAACUACGACUGAUGCUUAAGGUUCUUGGGACUUUCAAGUCGCACUACUUUGACUACAAAGCUCGAACGUCAACAGAGACGCCUGAAAACCCUUGGAAGUUUCAGAACAGUGCCUUGUUCUCAAGGCUGGAUGCCUUUUUAGAGCGUUGCCAUGACAUGCUGGAUGUGCAGUCCACGUGCCUUCAGUUUGGGAAACUGGAGCGUGUGGAGAUUGGAGGAACCAAAGGGAGAAUUCUGACGGCCGGAGUGAAGCAGAUUCACGCAGACUUCCUUGUGGCUGUCGAGAAAUUCCAAGGAGUGCAAUACGAUGUUUUGGAUGUCGACGAAAAGCAGUUCGCCAAGGACUUCUAUCAGUUCAGAUCAUCCAUCAAGGAGCUUGAGCGCCGCCUUGGGGCUAUUAUCCUGCAGGCCUUCGAUGAAAGUUGCACAGUCAGCGCCACUUUCAAGCUGCUGGAGAGUUUUGAGGGCCUGCUGGAGCGCGAAUCCAUUGCCUGCACUCUGGAAAAGAAAAACGUGGAGCUGCUGCUGGGCUUUGGCAGAGAUCUUGAAGAGGUCAGCGAUAUAUUCUAUCGCAAUAAUCGUGCCCCUCCUGUGAACAAGAACGCCGCUCCCAAAUCGGGCGCCGUUGCUUGGGUGCGAGGCCUGGUGGAGAGGGUGGAGGAGCCAAUGGCGAAGCUCAGGAACAUGAACAAGGCGGUUCUUGACACGGAAGAGGCCAAGCAAAUUCAAAAAUCAUACAGCUCGCUCAUGGCGGCAAUGGCGGACUACGAACGAGUCAACACAGAGGAUUGGUGCAAACAGGUGACAUCAACAUCUGCUGAAAAGCUCAACCAGCCUCUGCUGCAAUUUGAGGACACGGAAAUUGGCCAGAAGCUGGGACUCUUAGCUGUGAAUUUCGAUCCGGAUUUGGUCCGUCUGCUCAGGGAGACAAAGUACUUCUUGCUGCUGAAAGUUUCGUCCAUCCCUGAAUCUGCCUUGAAGAUAUUUGAACAGGGAGACAUAUUUAGACAGCAAAUUGGGAAUUUGGACUUGAUUGUUGGCAUUCAUAACAAGAUCCAGAAGACACUAUUGCCUGUGGAGAAGCCGCUGAUUCAAACCAAGCUGGAUGCGGUGGAUGCGGCUCUGAAGAAGGGCCUGCAGAUAUUGACAUGGAACUCCCCUAACAUUGAUGAUUACAUUCAUGAGGUGAUGGAGCUUGUGAAGGAGGUGGAGAGCAUGCUGAGCACAAUAAAAGACAAUGUGAAGGAGACUAAGCAAAUACUCAAGACCUGGGAAACCAACCUCAUGUUCGACCGAAAGGAAGGGCGUGUGUACACCUUCGAAGAGCUCAAAGAUUCCUGCAAACAGCUCAUUCAGCAACGCAAUUCGCAGAUACAGGAAGACGGCAAAAAAAUCAUCAAACUGCUGUCCAACUCGAAUCGCACGCUCAAGGUGGGGAAGGCGUCCCCGAGCUGGAAGGCGUACGUGAAUUUCGUUAGUGAAAUUGUGAUCGACGGAUUUGCGGCGGCGAUUAUUGCUACGGUGCGAUACCUUCGCGACCAAAUCGACCCCGACCUCAUGGCCAAGAAUGAAACGUCGCCGCUUCUGGAAAUCAAGCUCGAGCUGGUGGCGCCGGACAUUCUGUGGCAGCCAGACUUGGGCGAUGACGGGGUCCGGAGGAUGUUCAACACGUGGCUGAACGGAUUCAUGAGCAUCGGGACACUGAUGAAGAGGCUGGACAUUGGCGAAGGAACCUAUCUUAAGGAACUCGAGGAAGAUUACGAGGUGUACAAUGAAAUGAGCUGCGUGCACGAGAUCGUCCUUGCCAACGAGGCCAAAUGCAACGACUUCAAGGAGCACUACGUUAAAUACAGCUAUCUGUGGACGAAGGAUCUUCCAACGGCUCUCAAGGAAUUUGUGGAGGAGGAGGGCGAGCAGUUGGAAGACGGCACCAAAGACGAUCCUCCCUUGGCAAAAUUUGAAGAGCAGAUUGCCAAGUACAAGGGAAUCGAAAAGGAAAUACAGGCUCUCCCCACAAAUUCCAAUUUAGGAUGGAUAAAGGUGGAUGCAAAGCCGCUAAAACAAGCUCUUAGCACGUGGGCUUCCAAAUGGGUCUACUUGUACACACACUACCUGCAGGACAAAGUUGUAAACAGCAUGGGAGACUUAUACCAAUUCAUGAACACGACGAAUUCCACCCUGGAUAUCAAGGUUGGCAAGGAGGAACAAGCGGAAGAAGAGGAAGAGGGCCAUGAGGAGCCACCAGUGGUGGAAGACGAUCCUGAAACUGCCGCAGAGGCGAAGAAAGCCCGCGAGGAAGAAACCCGGCGCACACUGUAUGGCAUCAUGUCUUGUAUGAGAGACAUUCGGAAGCGGACGGAUCGCACAGACACGAUGUUCGAACCACUGAAAGACACAGUCGCUGCCCUCCAGAACUUUGGAAUCAAUCUUGGUGAUCAGGUGUUAAAGCAGCUGGAGGAAUCCCCUUUGGCAUGGAAAGCGCUCAAGAAGAAGAUGUUCCAGCGCCGCGAGCAGCUGGCACCCUUGCAGCAGGCAGAGGCCAUUGAGGUCCGACGCCGCAGCGAUGCCUUCGCUGAAAAGGUUGAGGAUUUCCGAAAGUUUUUCAUGAAGACUGCGCCAUUUUUUGUGAACGAUGAAGAAAUCAAACUGGAACAUGUGGCACCUGCGUAUAAGAUAUUAGACCAAUUUCACCAUGGCAGCAACACGGGAAUCCCCACGCCCCUCGUAUCAAUGAGCUUACAUUGGCACAUGCUAUGUUUGCUCUUCAGAUACGUUUCGGAUUACAUAAUGUUGCAGCGAUGCGGUGAGGAGCUCCAGCACCUGAAAGCAUUGUGGGACACGGUGGGGACCAUCAUGUUCACUUUCAGCGACUGGUACAAAACACCCUGGGACAAAAUCGAUGUGGAGUUCUUGGUGGAAGAAACCAAGAAGCUGGCAAAAGAAGUGAAGCUUCUGAACAAGGCGGUCAGAAACUAUGAUGUAUUUCGAAUGCUGGAGGAAGCCUUGAAGGCUAUGCUCACCUCUCUGCCGCUGGUCCAGGACCUUCAUCACCCAGCGAUGAGGGACCGCCACUGGAAGCAGCUUAUGCAGGCCACUGGCAAACAGUUUGUGAUGGACGAGAAAUUCUGCCUUGGUGACCUCAUUGCUCUGGAGCUCCACAACUUUGUAGAUGCCUGCUCUGAGAUUGUGGACCGAGCACAGAAGGAGCUCAUCAUAGAGAAAGCUCUCAAGAAAAUUGACGAGACGUGGGCGGGACUGAAGCUAGAGUUUCCUCCCUAUCAGGACACGGAAAUCGUGCAGCUCCAGGUGGAUGACGCCAUUACUGAAGCACUGGAAACCGACAAUCUGGCACUUCAGAACAUGUCGGGUGGAAAGUAUGUACAAGGAAAUCCCAAAUUUCUGGAGAUGGUCACAAAUUGGCAAAAGAAACUGGGCACUGUGGAUGUGGUGCUGUCGACCUGGCAGGAUGUGCAGAAGAAAUGGCAGGCCCUUGAAUCCAUUUUUGUGGGUUCUGCCGACAUUCGGGUCCAGCUGCCUGAGGAUUCCAAACGGUUUGAUGGCGUGAACGCGGACUUCCAAGAUCUGAUGAGGGGAGCCGCAGAUAUCACGAACACGGUGGAAGCCUGCAACUUGGAGGGUCGCCAGGAACGCCUGGAUGGCAUGUUGGAGCAGCUGGAAAUGUGCGAAAAGGCGCUCCAGGACUAUUUGGAAACCAAGAGAAUUGCGUUUCCACGGUUCUACUUUGUGGCGCCUGCUGACCUGCUGGACAUUCUGUCGAAGGGCAGCAACCCUCAGCUGAUCAUCCGUCAUCUGCCAAAGAACUUUGACAAUGUGCACAAUUUGGAAUUCAAGAAAGACGAGGCCGGAGAUCCCACCAAAAUCGCGAUUGGUAUGUAUUCUGGAGAGAAGGAGUUUGUAAAAUUUGACGGCGACUGCGUUUGCGACGGUCCAGUGGAGACCUGGCUCCAAACUGUCGUGGACUCGAUGAAGGCAGCCCUAAUUGCAGAAUUCAAAGCUGCAAUCCCUCCGUACGAUGAAAUGCCGAGGACAAAGUGGCUGUUCAACUGGUCAGCUCAAAACACCAUUGUCGUGACUCGCACGUUCUUCACACAGGAAGUGAACGAGGCUUUUGACGAGCUUGAAGAAGGGAAUGAAGACGCCCUGAAAGCCGAGUGGGAUAAGCAGGUGUCGCAGCUGGCUGAUUUGAUCGUCCUGAUCAAUGGAGAGCUCACUGGUCUGGAGAGAAAGAAGUUGAUCACUUUAUGUACUAUUGAUGUGCAUGCUCGUGAUGUGGUCCAACGGCUCAUCGACGAGAGAGUCGAAGACGGGACCUGCUUUCAAUGGCAGUCUCAGCUGCGAUACUUCCAGAAUGAGAAAACUAAGACCUGUCAGGUGAACAUUUGUGACGCAGAAAUCAUGUACAACUACGAGUACAUUGGCAAUUGCGGCUGUCUUUGCAUUACCCCAUUGACGGAUCGAUGUUACAUCACCCUGACGCAAGCGCAGAGGCUUGUCCUUGGUGGAGCUCCUGCAGGACCCGCGGGCACGGGCAAGACUGAAACCACCAAGGAUCUCGCUCGCGCCCUUGGCAUCCAGUGUUAUGUUUUCAAUUGUUCCGAUCAAAUGGACUACAAGGCAAUGGGUCAGAUCUACAAAGGGCUGGCCCAAACGGGUGCAUGGGGAUGCUUCGAUGAGUUCAACAGAAUCCCCGUGGCUGUGCUGUCAGUCUGCAGCACACAAUACAAGACGGUCCUCGAUGCCAUCCGAGCAAGAAAGGAGAAGUUCCUGUUUGAGGAAGUGGAGAUAGGCUUGAAGCACACGGUCAUGGCGUUCAUCACCAUGAACCCUGGUUACCCAGGACGUGCAGAGCUGCCAGAGUCGCUCAAAGCCCUGUUCCGACCUGUCUCUAUGGUGUUGCCAGACCUAGGGCUCAUUUGUGAAAUCAUGUUGAUGGCCGAGGGCUUCCAGCAAUCGAAGCUUUUGUCGAGGAAAUUCGUGAUCCUCUACAAAUUGUGCGAGGAUUUGCUGUCGAAAGCGAGACAUUAUGACUGGAAGUUGAGAGCAAUCAAAACCACGCUGUACGUGGCAGGGGGGAUGAAACGAGAUGCCCCGGAGCUCUCUGAAGACAAGGUCCUCCUCCGUGCGCUAAGAGAUUUUAACCUGGGAAAGUUGACGGCUGACGAUACGGGCAUCUUCAUGGGUUUGCUUAACGAUCUCUUUCCAAAGACACUGGAUCAAGUGCCUCGAGCAGUAGACAUGAAUUUCGAAAAGAAGGUGAAGGAAGCAGCUGUGGAGAUGGGAUGUCAGCCUGACGAAACCUUCUGUCUCAAGAUAUCUCAACUCCGCGAAAUUCUGGUGGUGCGCUGGUCGGUCUUUCUGCUGGGCCCUGCGGGUUGUGGCAAGACGGCCAUUUGGAAGACGCUGAUGCGCGCCACAAAUAACAACGGAGAAAAGGCAAUUUACAAGCCCAUCAAUCCGAAAUCUGUGACGAGGAACGAGUUGUAUGGGUUGCUGCACCCGUCCACACGUGAGUGGAAGGAGGGUUUGAUGUCCGUCACGUUCCGUGACAUGGCCAACAACCUCACCAACAAGCAUCAAUGGAUCGUCCUGGAUGGCGACAUUGACGCGGAAUGGAUUGAAAGCAUGAACACGGUGAUGGACGACAACAAAAUGCUCACCCUGGCAAGCAACGAGCGGAUUCCCCUGACGCCUUCGAUGCGGCUUCUGCUCGAAAUCAAUCACAUGAACCACUGCUCUCCAGCAACAGUGUCCAGAGGGGGUGUCAUUUUCGUUAAUGCCGAGGAUGUGGGGUGGAAGCCAGUAGUGGACAGCUGGAUCGAGACGCUGGAGGCCACGGAAUACCGACCCCUGCUGACGACGCUGUUCUCCCGGUACGUCGACAAGUCGAUGGAGCACUGCCGCCGCAACUUCAAGUCCGUGGUUCAAUUGCCUGCUGUGAGCCAGGCCAUGACCAUCUGCAAGAUCUUGGAGGGGAUAUUGCCCCAGGAGUCAGUGAGAGGAGCGCCGCCGCCGGACAAGAAAGUCCUGGAGUACCAUUUUGUCUUCGCCUGCGUGUGGGCGUUUGGAAGCUGCAUGCUUGUUGACAAAGUGUCAGACUACCGCACGCAAUUUUCGAAAUGGUGGGUUUCUGAAUGGAAGAAUGUGCAGUUUCCUGAAAAAGGCCUUGUCUUCGACUACUAUGUCGACGAUUCUCAGUGCCUCAUGGUCCCCUGGGAUGACAAAGUCGAGCCUUUCACAUAUACCCCAGGAAUGGAUUUCAAUAGCGUUUUCGUCCCCACUGUCGAGACGACGCGACUGACUUAUUUCCUGGACAGCCUGGUGGGAAACAAGCAUUACGUGAUGUUUGUGGGAAACACUGGCACCGGCAAGAGUGCAAUAAUGAAGAACAAACUGAGGAACAUGGAUCCCGAAACGAUGUGCUCGUACACCAUCAACAUGAAUUCGUUCUCGGAUGCUCCAUCCUUGCAGGUUAUCAUGGAGCAGCCCCUGGAAAAGAAGUCUGGGGUGAGGUUUGGUCCCCCAGGGUCACGACGCAUGGUGUACUUUAUCGACGAUAUGAACAUGCCGUUCGUCGAUAAGUAUGAUACACAGUCAGCCAUUGAGUUGGCUCGGCAAUUCGUGGACUAUAGGGGUUGGUAUGACAAGAUCAAGAUCGUCCUCAAGGAGAUCAUAAGCUGUCAGUACUGCGCCUGCAUGAACCCGACAGCUGGUUCGUUUCAGAUCACUCCAAGGAUGCAACGCCACUUUGUGACGUUUGCGGUACAGAUGCCUGGCGUGGAUAUCGUGAGAUCCAUUUACAUUCAGGUUGUGGAAGGGCACCUUGCCAGCUUCGACCCAGAUGUGGCCAAGAUGGGAGUGAAGCUCGUGGACGCCACGAUCGAGCUGCACGGACAAGUCAUGAACAACUUCUUGCCAUCUGCGGUCAAGUUUCAUUAUCAGUUCAAUCUCCGAGAACUAUCGAAUAUCACGCAAGGGUUAACGAGAAUGACGAAGGAGUAUUUCAAGAGCCCGCUGAAAGUGGCACGGCUCUGGAACUGCGAAUGCGAGAGAUCCCUGAAGGACCGAAUGAUCAGCGCCAAUGACAUGAGCGUGUUCGAUGGCUUCAGAGAAGCAGUGUCCAAGAAGUAUUUCAACGACUUGGGAUUUGAAGCCGUUGAGGCUCAGCCAAGGCUGUUUGCAUCUUUCACGACAGUCUCGGCAGACGACACCCCCAUCUACAACGAGGUGGAAGGAUUCGAGUCUCUCAAGAAGACGCUGGACGACAAACUUGUGGAAUACAACGAAACGAAUGCCGUCAUGGAAUUGGUGCUCUUCCAACAGGCCAUUGAGCAUAUCUGCAGGAUCACUCGGAUCAUCGAUCUGCCUUGCGGCAACGCUAUGCUGGUCGGCGUCGGAGGCUCUGGAAAGCAGUCCCUUGCAAAGCUAGCGUCCUUCAUCUGCGGCUACGGAGUGUUCCAGAUUUCCGUGACCUCAACAUAUGGUAUCAACGAUUUCAAGGAGAAUCUGUUGUCUCUGUACACGAAGGCGGGAAUGAAGGGCACGCCCAUUACUUUCCUGAUGACGGACAAUCAGAUUGUGGACGAGCGGUUUCUGGUGUACAUUAAUGAUCUACUGUCCACGGGGUACAUUGCAGAUUUGUGUACACCCGAGGACAGGGACAAUUUCAGCAACGCUGUGCGCGCAGAGUGCAAGCAGGCCGGCAUCAUAGACACGGCUGAGAACUUGUGGGAUUUCUUCAUUGCCAAAGUUCGAAAGUUUCUGCACGUCAUACUCUGCUUCAGCCCGGUCGGGGACAAAUUCCGCAUCCGUGCUCGGCAAUUCCCUGCUCUGGUGAACUGCACCCAAUUCGACUGGUUUCACGGGUGGCCGGAGGAAGCUCUGAUAUCUGUGGCCCAGAGGUUUUUGAAGGACGUCCCCGAUAUCGAGGAUGAAAACCGUGAAAAAAUCGCCCUCCACAUGGCUUACGCACAUCAGAUGGUCACGGAUGCUAGUAGACGGUACUUGGAGUCGUUUCGGCGAUAUAACUACACCACACCGAAAUCGUACCUCGAACUCAUUGCCUUUUACAAAUUGCUGCUGAACAACAAGCGCGAGGAGCUGAGUGCAGCAAAAACGAGGUUGCAAAAUGGUCUGGAGAAAAUUGCUCAAGCGUCUGCCCAGGUUGCUGAUCUUCAAACCGCGCUGAAAGAGGAACAAAUCAUUGUGGAAGAGAAAAAGGCAAAGACCGACGCUCUCAUAGUGAACAUUGGCCAAGAGAAAGCGGUUGUCGACGAGGCAGUGGAAGCAGGCCGUGAAGAUGAGGAGAAUUGCGCUAAGCUCCAGUCAGAAGUCCAGGCAUUUCAAGAGGAGUGCUCACGCGAUCUGGCUGCCGCAGAACCGGUCAUUGCGGAUGCAGAAGCUGCACUCAAUUCCCUCGACAAAGCGUCGCUGGGAGAGCUGAAGUCCUUUGGAAGUCCAGCGGCCGAAGUCGUGCAGGUGGUGUCAGCUUGCAUGGUACUCACAGCACCCGGUGGAAAAAUCCCAAAGGAUCUCAGUUGGAAUGCGGGAAAGAAGUUCAUGGGCAAUGUGGACGCCUUCCUCAAGAGUCUGCUCAAUUUCGACAAAGACAACGUUCCAGUCAACUGCGUCGAGAAGGUCGAAAAGGACUACCUGGUCAAUCCCAACUUCACUGCCGACUAUAUUCGCACGAAAUCUGGAGCCGCUGCUGGUCUUUGCGGCUGGGUGUCAAACAUCUGCAAGUACUUCAGGAUAUACCAAGUUGUGGCUCCAAAACGAGCAUCACUCGCCGAAGCCAAUAAGAAGCUGGAAGGAGCAAACAAGAAGCUGACAGGCAUUCGAGCGAAAGUAAAGGAGCUUCAGGACAGGGUAGCCGUCCUUGAGGAGAGUCUUAUGAAGGCCACUGAGGAUAAAAAUGCCGCAGUGGCACAAGCCGAGAAAACAGGGAAAAAGGCUCAACUAGCCGAUCGUUUAAUUAACGGGCUUUCCGGGGAGAAUAAAAGAUGGAAUGAAGAAAUUGCCAAAUUUGAAGUUGCUGAAGGCAAACUCGUCGGCGACGUCCUGCUGGCCUCCGCCUUUGUCUCCUAUGCAGGGCCAUUCAAUAUGCACUUCAGGGUGCAACUCGUGGACGAGAAAUGGAACCCUGACAUUAUAUCAAAGGGCAUUCCUUUCACUGAGGGGGUCAAGCCAUUGGAUAUGCUGACUGAUGGCAAGAAAAAGGCAAGAUGGGCGAAUGAAGGCCUUCCUUCGGAUCCUCUGUCCAUUGAAAAUGGCGCCAUCAUCACCAACGCAUCCCGUUGGUCGUUGAUCAUCGACCCACAACUGCAAGGAAUUAAGUGGAUCCAAAACAGGGAGGAACCCAAUGGAUUGGUCAUUGUGCAACAAUCUCAGCCAAGGUACCUGGACAAGGUCAUCAAUGCGAUAGAGAAUGGCUUGCCGCUGCUGUUGGAAAAUUUGCCAGAGGACAUUGACGCAGUUUUGGAUCCGGUGAUUGGAAAAGUGACGAUGAAGCGUGGCCGCAACAUUGUGAUGAUCAUCGGAGACGCUGAGGUCGAGUACGACGCCAACUUCCGAAUGUACCUCCAGACCAAGCUUGCGAAUCCUCACUACAAGCCCGAGAUUGCGGCCCAGACGACGCUGUUGAACUUCUGCGUCACGGAGAAGGGUCUCGAAGACCAACUUUUGGCGCUGGUGGUCGACCACGAGCGACCCGACUUGCAAGAACAGGCUGCGAACCUGGUCCGCCAACUGGGGGAGUACACCAUAACAUUGACGGAGUUGGAGGACAAUCUCCUGUGGCGAUUGGCGAAUUCACAGGGAGACAUUCUUGAAGAUAUUGAGCUCAUUGAAAAUCUGGAGGAAACAAAGCGGACAGCCACAGACAUCGAACAGAAGGUCAAACUGGCGAAAACGACAGAAGUGGACAUUUCAAAGGCUCGCGAGGUUUACAGGCCAGUUGCCGCUCGAGGGUCCCUGGUCUACUUUCUGAUUGAUAAUCUGAAUGGCCUUGACCGCUGCUACCAUUAUUCGAUGGCGAACUUCGUCGCGAUUCUAAGGAAGGGAAUGGACCAGACGCCCGGCUCCAAGGACGAGUCCAUGGUACCCGAAGCCAAGAGGCUAGGGGAAGAGGUGGACAUCACGAAAAGGGUGGAACUGCUGAUAGAGUCCACUUCAUACACCGUCUUUGCAUACGUAGCUCAGGGCCUGUUUGAAAGACACAAGCUAAUAGCAGCCACGCAGCUAUGUAUGGCAAUACUGAAGAGCACUGGCGAACUUAAACACGACAAGUUCGACUUCUUGCUCCGGGGGCCUCGGGUCAUGGGAGUGGACAACCCUCUCAGCGAUUGGAUAAACGAUUCCGUCUGGGGAUCAGUUCAGGCUCUAAAAGAGUUGGAAGAUUACGCCAACCUGCCAGACGACCUCAUAGGCUCAUCCAAACGGUGGAGAGAGUGGAUGGAGCUUGAGCGACCGGAGGAUGAGCCUGUACCCGGUGACUGGAAGCGAAUGGCCGAGUUUGAAAGGCUGCUGCUUUUCCGAGCCCUAAGGCCCGACAGACUGACAGCUGCAAUGGCGAGAUUCGUUACCAGCACCAUUGGGAAGGACUAUGUCACAUCGAAUCCGUUUGAUCUGGAGGCUUCAUUCAAGGACGCCAGCCCUGGGGUGCCCAUGUUCGUGUUCCUUUCUCCUGGAGUGGAUGUCGCCGGAUCUGUCGAGGCACUUGGCCGCCAGCUGGGUUUCACUUCUGACAACGGAGGCUACGCUUCGGUGUCCCUGGGGCAAGGGCAAGAGCCCAUAGCCAUGAACAACCUGAACAACGCCCACAAGAACGGCGGAUGGGUACUGCUGCAGAACAUUCAUCUCACAAUCGAUUGGACGUCGGGACCACUGGAAAAGAAGGUGGACAAACUGGCAGAGGGAGCGCAUCAGGACUUCCGCCUGUUUCUGUCCGCCGAGCCGCCGCCCCUCCUGGAGAAACCGCUGCCCAUUUCGCUUUUGCAGAACUCCAUCAAGCUCACCAAUGAGCCCCCAGAGGGUCUGAAACCUAACUUGCGCAGGGCGUAUUCGCAGUUCUCCGAGGAGAUUCUCGAGAGCUGCGCCAAGCAGGCGGAAUUCCGCAUGAUUAUAUUUUCGCUGUGCUACUUCCACGCCGCCAUGCUCGAAAGGAAAAAGUUCGGAGUCGGGAACUUGCCAAAUUCGACAUCCGGAAUAGGAUGGAACAUGAACUACCCAUUUAACACGGGCGAUUUGUUGUGCUGCGGUCAGUGCGCGAAUAAUUAUUUGGAGAACAAUGUGAAGGUGCCUUGGGACGACCUGCGGUAUAUCUUUGGAGAGAUCAUGUACGGCGGCCACAUCGUGGAGGACUGGGACCGGCGCCUCGCCAACGGGUAUCUGUGCAAGUACUUCCACGAGCAGCUCUUGGAGGGCAUGGAGAUGUUUCCCGCCUUUCAUACGCCCCCAAACACCAUGAGCCACAAGCAGGUGCUGGAGUACAUGGCGGAAAACAUGCCUCCAGAGACGCCCCUGGCCUUCGGCUUGCACCCUAACGCCGAAAUUGGCUUCAAGCUACGGGAGGCGGAGUCUUUUUGCUCCAAUGUGCUGCUGCUGCAGCCGCGCGAGGCUGGUGGUGAUGGCGGCAUGUCCGUCGAGGAGAAGUCCAAGAUGGUGUUGGACGAUUUGGUCGAGAGGCUGCCGGAUAAUUUUGACCUGGAGGACAUUCGGUCGAGGGUAGAUGACUACACACCGUACGUCAUGGUGGCCAUCCAGGAAACCGAGCGCGUGAACAUUCUGCUGUCGGAGAUGAAGCGCUCGCUGGCUGAGCUGGAUCUGGGGCUUAAGGGAGACUUGACGAUGUCCGAGCCGAUGGAGAAGCUCAUGAGGGCCCUGGCAGAGGAUGCGGUACCAGGCAGCUGGAGAAACCUUGCGUACCCAUCCCUGAGGCCCUUGGGAUCGUGGCUGCAAAAUCUGUUGCAGCGCAUAAACCAGCUUUCCGAGUGGACGGCUGACCUGGGCGUUCCGAAGGUCGUGUGGCUGUCCGGUUUGUUCAAUCCUCAGUCCUUCCUGACCGCCGUGAUGCAAACCACGGCGCGGCGAAAUGACUGGCCACUCGACAAGACGGUGGUGCUCACAGACGUCACAAAGAAGCAGCCAGAUCAGAUCGAUGCGCCAUCCAGGGACGGAGCCUUCAUCCAUGGUUUGACACUGGAGGGCGCCAGGUGGGACGACAAAGUUGGCAUCUUGGACGAUUCGCGGCCCAAGCAGCUCUUUUGUCCUGUGCCCGUCAUUCUCAUAAAGGCGGUCACCGUAGACAAAGCGGAGAUGAAAGACGCCUACCAGUGUCCAGUGUACACGACCGAGGCCCGGUUCCGCGAGGAAGUAUUUACAGCGCAGCUGAAGUCGAAACACUCGUGGAUAAAGUGGACACUUGCUGGCGUGUGCUUGUUCCUAGACGUUGUUUAG